AUGGUUACAUAUUUGAUUUGUACGUGUUUCGAGAUAUGGAAGUGCACGAAGGACGCUAGAUCCUGUUUGUGCGUGAAUGUGUUGAAUGAUUGCCACGGCGUGCCGAAGAGUCAAGGGAGUGCGCCCGUCCGUGAUGAGGUUGAUAACUACACGGUGAUGAGAGGCAUUCAGAACGACACACACACCGUCCUGGAAUUCAGAAGGGCUUUGGACACCUGUGACCCCGACGACUACAUCCUGAGCAGCGAUACGGUGCGAGUAAUUUGGGCGAUGCACGAGAAGGACCCUCAUUAUAACUUCGAGAUGGUGUACCACGGCGCGAGCAGGGGUUCGCAGAGUCUGCAUCUUCUGGCUCCGUCGGUGGUGCCCAAACCGGAUCAGGCGGGUCACGUGAGGAAUUGGGAUGUCACGCUGAAGAACAUGGAGGUGAAGCAGGACAUGAACACGAUGUACUGGUGCAAGAUCUUUAAGGCUCCGACGCUCAACCAGAAGCACCACAUCAUCGGGUACGAGCCCAUCAUCGGCGCGAACCACAGCAGCUACGUGCACCACAUGCUUCUGCACGAGUGCCCGGUGGAUCCCAGAGAAUUGCGCAAAUGGGAGGCGUACAGCAGGGAGGACGGGAAAGCCUGCUACUCGCCGGAAAUGCCCGUGGGAUGGGAAAAGUGUCUGAGCACGGUCGUUGCCUGGGCCGUGGGAUCAAAAGGUGAAAUCUAUCCGGAACAUGUCGGAUUGCCGAUUGCUGAGAAAAGGAACAGCUUUUAUAUGCUGCAGGUGCACUUUGAUAAUCCGUCGAUGAAGAGGGCGGUGGAUACCAGCGGGAUUCGUCUGCUGUACACGAACAAACUGAGGCCGAACGAGGCAGGAAUUCUGGUGACAGGGGUGGCUCUGUCGACGCUGCACGUGAUUCCUCCGCAGCAGAAGGAGUACAGAUCGGCCGGCUACUGCAGCUUCAAUUGCACGAAAGUGGUGCUCCCUAAAACCGGGAUAAACGUGGUUUCCGUGCUGAUGCAUUCGCAUCUGGCCGGACGCAAAAUGAAGCUGCGUCACGUCCGUGGCGAAAAGGAAUUGCUGCCGAUCGCCCAAGACAACCAUUACGAUUUUAACUUUCAGCAGUCCAGAAGGUUGUCGCACGGUGUUAACAUCCUUCCUGGAGAUAGUUUGAUCACCGAAUGCACGUACUCUACGAUGGACAGGAACAAACCUACUCUCGGUGGAUACUCAACUUCUGAGGAGAUGUGCUUGGCUUUCAUCCUGCAUUAUCCACGCACCGAUUUGGCGGAAUGCUUCUCGAUGCCACCCAUCAAGUACUUCUUUGAGAAUUUGGGCGUCAAGGAGUUUUACGAUAAGUCGUUUUCGGAUAUCGAGAGGAUCGUUUUGGAAGGUGGAUCUGAUAACGCGGUAGUUCUUCCUACCACCAAAGCUCCUCUGUUCACUUACAAACCUGGCGAUGAGCAUUCGCCGGAAGCAAACGAGCAAGCUAUUCUCGCCAUCCAGAACGCCAAGGAUUACACGAUCGAAGGCGAAAGCUCCAACCUGAGCCUCCUCGAGAGGCUCAUCAUCAAGGAGCCGCAGGAGUUUAGAAACAAGAGUUUCAUGGCGCACCUGCAGGACAUUCCUUACAACGAAACCAUCCUCACGCAAACCUUGGAGGAGUACUUCUACACCGGUUUACAUCUGACAUUCUGCCGAAGGAAGAACGAUACUCUGGCCUUCAAGCAGCAGGUCGAGAACUUUCCGAAAUUCGUGAAUUACUCGACGAACGAGACGGGGAUCAGGUGCAGCUACAGGACGAGGCAAUUACCGUCGGACGCGCCGAACUUGAGGCCGCAUUUCACUAACCACCUGCUCCUGCCGUUGCUAAUAUCCCUCCUGAUUUCUCGGUAAAAGAAAACCCCACCUUAUUAUUACUAUUAUUCCCUACAUUAUUAUCUUCUUUUUUAUUUUUAUUCCUUCAUAAUUUAUUAUUUUGUUUAAUUUAUUUGUUUUAUGAAAUUUCUAUACGUCCUCCUCUUUACAUCAUACACGUUUUCUCAUGAUUCCACUGCGAAAAGAUGAAAUUUCCACCACCUUCCGCGAUUUGUACAUACAUAAUCCUCGUCCUACUC